GUCGAACCGUUGCAGUCCGUUUUUUCCUUCUGCAGCACGGGGGGGAUUUGUCCGGAAAACCCGAACCUCGACCACAAGCGGAACGCUGCACGGGAUUAUAAACGAGUUUUGCGAUUAUUGCAUAUCGACUUUACGCAAGCGACGUCACGGUGACACGGUUUUUCCACGGGGGUCGAGCACAACAUCGAUCUGUAGUCCACCGCCUCUCUCUCUCUCUCACACACACACACACACACACUCUCACCAGUCAAUCAAUAUCCUGAAGCUUAGAGACUGGUUAGUUAUAUUCUACUCAGUUACGGUGGACUGUAUUUUCCAACAUCCAUUGUUACAGACUGAAGACUGCGAGGAAACACAUCCUGGCUUUUCUUCUGGGAUCUCUAUGCUUCGGAUCUAGGAAUUUUAGGCCCCUUUGGGGUGGUGGGGGGGUUUAACCCACAAUAAUUAGAUUAAAACAAACCCCCCCGCCUAAGACUCAAAGUCUAUUUUUAAACCAAAUGACUUUUCACAUACAGAUCUAAAUUAGACCAUCUUAGCUCUGCAUGCGACAUUAGCACUUCCAGAGCAUUUCACAGACUAUCCACCGUUCAUUUUCACGCUCGGGUCUCCAGAUAUUAGACAUCACACACCCGAACCGGACACCGUCAGACCUCUCCCGGGUUGGCGUACUUCCGAUCAGUGGUCCUCCGCGUGUUUGUGUGUUUUAAAUUGGAUUUGGCGAUCGGGUUUCUCCUACACCCUGAGCCCCGUUGCCCGCCAUGCCCGGCCCGGUGGCCGGUAGUAAAUCUCGGGUGUAUGCCGAUGCCAACACUUUGAAGAGCAGGGAAUACUGGGACUACGAGGCCCAUGUGCCCACCUGGAGUAACCAGGAGGAUUACCAGCUGGUACGGAAGCUCGGGAGGGGCAAAUACAGCGAGGUCUUCGAGGCCAUCAGCAUCAACAAUAAUGAGAAGGUGGUGGUCAAAAUCCUCAAGCCUGUCAAGAAAAAGAAGAUCAAGAGAGAGAUCAAGAUCCUGGAGAACUUACGAGGAGGAACCAACAUCAUUCAGUUAAUGGACACAGUAAAGGACCCCGUGUCUCGAACGCCUGCGCUUGUCUUUGAAUGCAUCAAUAACACAGAUUUUAAGGAGCUGUAUCAAAAGUUAACAGAUUACGAUAUACGUUUUUACAUGUAUGAACUACUAAAGGCUCUGGACUACUGCCACAGUAUGGGGAUCAUGCACCGUGAUGUCAAACCCCACAAUGUUAUGAUCGACCACCAGUUAAGGAAGCUGAGAUUGAUAGACUGGGGUCUCGCUGAGUUCUAUCACCCCGCACAAGAGUACAACGUCAGAGUGGCUUCACGCUAUUUCAAGGGUCCAGAACUGUUGGUGGACUAUCAGAUGUAUGAUUACAGUCUGGACAUGUGGAGUCUCGGCUGCAUGCUGGCCAGUAUGAUCUUUCAGAAAGAGCCCUUCUUUCAUGGCCAGGACAACUACGAUCAGUUAGUGCGGAUUGCAAAAGUUCUUGGAACAGAUGAGUUGUUCGGCUACCUGCGCAAAUACCACAUUGAACUGGAUCCACGAUUUAAAGACCUGCUUGGCCAGCAGACGCGGAAGCGCUGGGAACAGUUUGUGCAGACGGAGAACCAGCAUUUGGUGAGCCCAGAGGCUCUGGACCUUCUUGACAAGCUGCUACGCUAUGACCAUCAGCAGAGACUGACCGCCACCGAGGCCAUGGAGCACCCUUAUUUCUAUCCAGUGAUGAAGGAGCAGUCUCACACUAAUACAGAUGGCACCAUAGUGUCAAGCGGAACCAACACACCCCGAUGAGAGCAGGUAUCAAGAAUUUAGAAGAACCAGAAAAGGAUGGCGUUUGUUACCUCAAUUUUUUUAUCCCUCGUGUCUGAAACCUCUUCAAGUGUACAGUGAAAGUUGGAUCUAAGCAGCACCUGUUACACCUCGUCUCUCAGACACACACACAUGCACACUCGCAUACACUCACACCGACACAGACAUUUCCGCUUUCCUGUGUCUGUCAAGGUUGGUCUGCCCCUCUAUAACAGGUCUGUUCCUCUAGCUUGAAGAUUUCAAAGCGUUCCCUUCCUCGACUCCACCCCCAAGUACACUGGCCCCUCCCACCUUAAACUAGGCAUGGAGAAUGAAGACCAGAAUGAACCCCGCUCCCUCUCUCCUUAUUGGUCUGUGUGUACGUCUGUUCAGUAUUCAGACCUUGGCGCAGCCUCCACAUACUGUAGUAAUAAAGUGGCAUGGUGGACCUUUAUUUCUUUGCUCUAGGUAGAUUGAUUACUAUAUUAAUGAAAAUAAAUGAUUUUUAUUUAGAUUUA